UUUAUUUUACCUCGUAGCAAAUAUUCUAUCACCCUCCAUUGUUCUCCAAGCUCCUCCUAAUCUCACUGAACUUCGAAUACUAUUACUUGUUUGCUAAUCCUAUCUCAGCUUCAGCACAUUAACCAGAGUUUCUCCCUAAAAUUCAAAUUUCAGUUUCUUACAGAACUUCAAUGGCUUAUAGACGCUGUCUCUUGCAAAGAGGGAAACUCAUUGAUCGGAAGUGCCACCGUUCUUUCAGCUACAUUCUCCAUAGCGAUGAAGGGAAACAUGAAGAAAAAUAUAGUUCAACACGAGUUCGUAAUUUUAUUCAAACAAGCUCUCUUAAUGGAUCAACGGGUUUUUUCUCAUCUUCUCAAAAUAAACAACUUUCUCCCUUCGCUGGGUAUAAUUUCUGUCGAAAUAUGUCGACAAUCGAUCGCGAUUUAGAUAAGAUUACCGCAAUGACUGAUGUAGCUGAUGUUCUUAUUGAUACCACCAUGGAGGCUGUAGCUUCUCAGGCUCCGGUUGUUAGCGAAGUUGCCAUUGCUGCUGCUGAUUCUUAUUUGCCUAUACAAGCCGCGCAGUAUGCCAUAGAUGCUGUGCAUUCCUACACUGGGCUAAAUUGGUGGGCAGACAUAGUUCUAACAACUCUCUUGAUUCGAAUCACAACUAUUCCAAUCUUACUAUAUCAACUCAAGGACACUUCUAAGCUUGCACUUUAUACCAUUCAAGUGAAAGAGAGGAGGGAAGAGAUGAAGAGACAAAUGGAUAGAAAGAUAUUGGAUCGAGAGGCUGCUUUAAAGGCUAUUGUUGAAACUCAGAGGCCGCAAAUAGAGCGACUCAGAGAAAAAGGUGUGAAUCCAUAUCUGCACUUCACGGGGUCCUUUAUUAAUUGCUCUAUCUUCAUUACUUUUUUUCUUGCGAUAACAAACAUGGCUGAAAAAAUGCCAUCAUUCAAACAUGGUGGAGCUUUCUGGUUCACUGAUCUGUCAACUCCAGACGCCUUAUAUAUUUUUCCAGUUUUAACUGCACUGUCAUACUUAGUAAUAGUAGAGUAUGAUAUGCAAAAAGGAACGGAAGGAAUUCCUUUGUCUGAUAGGAAGAAAAAUAUCUCUAGGGCUCUUGCUCUUCUUAUAGUUCCUUUCACCGUGAGUUUUCCAAAGGCUGUAUGUUGUUUCUGGAUUACAUCAAAUUUGUUUUCAAUUCCGUAUGGAAUGGGUAAGGAACGUCAAAAUUCUCAUAUGCAAUAUCACAUUGUCAUUAUUUGCUAUUUCAAUAUGCUGUAAUGUGGAUUUGUUUUUAUGAAAUGCAUAUCUCUUAGGGCUUUGAUUUUGCUGGUAUUCAUGAUUGCUUUUAAGUAUUGUGGAUGUCACUGUCUUUGAAGUUCCAUUACACUCUAAAGAUGAAAAUGUUGUCAUUUGUUGUGUUACAUAAUUUCAAUCUAAAUUUUGUCCUGCAAUCAUGGAUAAUGACAUC